AUGUCCGGUGUCUUCAACCUGGUGGGCGACGAUGUACUCUACGAGAUCUUCUGCGAAAUAGCACUCCUGGACCCUCCGAGUGUUCGCCGCUUUCAACCUAGCUACGUGCGCAUUCACAUAGGCUGCAUCUAUAUCUCGCACGUCUGUAGACGCUGGCGCACGAUUCUAGUCCAUGGCAUGCCACUUCUAUGGGCCGACUUACCCUGCAUUAUACCCGCCGCCCUCGAUACAAUCGUUGAGCGUGCGCAUGAUCUCCCGCUCGCGCUACGGACACGCGUCAACUUCAGCAGUGAGCGUGACGCCUUCACGACGUGUCUCAACUUCAGUAAACGACUGCGUGAGAUCGCCAUCACUCAUGUACAACGCGCCUAUCUCUUCGAAUACGAGCCGUUCUCCAGCAUUCCCGAUAUGGGCUGGUUCGAUGCCUUGAACGAAGUUCAUCUUCCCCAUCUACGAGAUAUCAGACUCUUCGAGUCUCGCGUCGAUAUGAGUCGACAGUACGAAUAUUUUCAUAGGACUCUUCACGCCAAGGCUCCCAACCUGCGACAUGCUGUUCUGUCCAUUCGCGGAUUUGUCGAGUUUCCCCCCGCUACACUCACAUCUCUCGCCAUAGAGAGCGGCUGCGUCGAGAUCCUUCGCCAAGCGCCGAAAGGUCUCUUGCGGAUUCUUGCCAGUCAGCCACUCUUGGAGUCGUUAUCCACUUCCUUUCAGUCGCUCGACAUGGACUGGCAGACUGACUCUGCGCCCCCCUUGCCUGUCCAUCUUGAACAUCUGAAAGACGUUCGUAUAUCAAGCCGGACAUUUCCAGAUGUGCUAGCGUUCUUCCAGCGCAUAGAGGUGCCUUCGAUCUGUCAGAUACGCCUCUCCGUGACUCACAGUCAAUCCGGGGACUGGCAUGCUUGCGUACGGAUAUUCGAGCGCAUCGCGCUCCUGGAGAGAGCCAAUACUCUCAGUCUUCACUGCGUAGAACGUGGGCAUUACACAUAUACCCUGCAUCACAGCCCCGACGAUUGGGACAUGACCUCGCCUGCCUCCAAAAACGGACCAAUGGCCCUAUUCGAGACCGACUUCAACGUUCGUGGUAUACCUUCACCGUCCUUCACGGACUUAUAUUUGGCAUUCCUGGAUCUGCCUCAUCAAGGUGCCAUACGCCGUUUGGUCUUCGAUGAGACCAUCGCCUCGACCGAUUGCCAGGAAUUGUCACGGUCCAUCCAGUCGCAUCCAAGCCACGGUGUGAUAAGUUCACUUUGGCUCAAUAGCCGGAGCGGAUACGAUCUCCUAGUCCCUCAACACGGGGAAGGAUCGCACAGUACUGCCAGUCCACUCCCUCGCGUCUCAGAGCUCGCCAUACCCCACAUGCAUCCGCCGAUCACCGACCGGUCCGGAGUCGACUUAGUGCCAGAGUUGACUCGUGCGUAUUGGGACCAUCUGACUGCAUUGCUGAGGCACAGGGCCGCAUUGGGAUAUCCCAUAAGGCGGAUAGUCCUUCUAGGGGUGUGGGAAUCAGAGGAGCGCAGAGCUACGAGCCAGGAAGCGGACAACCGUGGUUUGGCACUGGUCAGAGAUGAGGGGGUUCACGAGAUUGUCGACCGUCGUACAGUUCUCCGUCAGAAGUGA